AUGAUGGCAGCUCCGAGUAGUGAAGAUAUCAGAUUGAAAUCUAUUGCUUGCCAAGAAGCACUGCUUGCUCUAGUCGCUGGUGCCAAAAGGCAGUUCCCAUCAGGCUUAAUCGACCUUCGUGAGAUCCAGAACCAUCAUGAACGGUUCACUCAAUGGGCCGGCAAUCUUGGAGCUUUUCACAAUCCCGAAUCACGACUAUCUCUAGAAUAUCGACUUAGAAAUAGUCCUCAAAUCCGUGAUGCGAUAUUAAGGCUUCUUGCCGAUCUUUGCGACUCUACUCGGGACGCGUUGGAAAUUGUUUCUGGCAAGCAGGAGAACAGAACGGCCUUGCCACUGAUCGACCUAAAACUUGACUUUGGAGAAUUCGAUUUGUCCAGUGGAUCAGAAUCGUCGUAUGCAUCCUCUUCCGGCAAGAAGGCUCCAGCCGCGUCUUCGGCGUCUGAGAUUGACGAGUUGACAUCCGCAAUCAAGGGUAGCAUCAAUAGCCUAUUCAAGACCUCCAUCUUUAUACGCAAUUUUGCACCGAAACAAAGACGCCAGAAGGCCGCUGAGAAGACGGACAGUUUCGUCAGCCAGACCGAUGAGAUGUACAUAAAAGACCGCUACCCAUUGGUAGAGCAAAGGGGUAGGGCUGACCUAGUCACUCGACUUGGUUUGGCGAACGCUCUGCGACGGCAAUACUUUUUAUAUUGCCGUGAACACAAUGAUCGAUUGUCGAAGACUGACUCAGCAAAGAACCGCAAAGAGAUCAAGGACGAAUUCAGAAAUCAGGAUCCCAAACAGCGAACUGCCAGCACUUCUGGUCAGACAUAUACGAGUAUCAUAGCUCAAACAGAGGCAACCGAGCUGCCCGCCGAUAACUUGGCACAUAGUCACAUAUCUACGUUCCUCGAUACAGAGCCAGCUCCAUCGCUGAUAUCACUUGCUACCACAAUCAUCAAGUCUCCUGAGGACGACAUUGCCUUCCCGCCUCUACCGUCCGAUGCUCAGAAUAACUUGAUAUUCCUGUGUCCUUACUGCCUCAGAGUCGUGAAAAUCAAGCCACAAGACAGAGAACAGCAAUGGAGGAAGCAUGUUCUUAGUGACCUAGAACCAUACGUGUGUACUUUCCCGGGCUGCGGUUUGGACACCUUUCAGUCUCAGCAUGCUUGGUUCGACCACGAGAUCCUCGUACACCGCGGUACCUGGCGCUGCUCCCAAUGUGGCGAGAUAGCGGGCACGGCCGAGGUAUUAGAGAAUCACAUAAAGAAAAACCACGCUGAUCAAAUUUCGCCUCCACAAAUUCCCGCAGUGAUUGAGCAGUCACGGCGGCCGAUCAAGUUCAUCCAACCAGCUGAAUGCCCAUUCUGCGAGGGCGAGUGGGCGGCCGCGGCGCCAAAUCCAGAGGUGACCGGAAGUGUGGAAUUGGUUGUGACACUGGAGGACUUUCGGCGGCACCUUGGCCAUCAUCUUCAGCGUAUUGCACUAUUCUCACUCCCGCGCCUGAGGCAGGACCGAGAAACCAGCUCAAGCGCCGUCGUUGGCGGUACUAUGGACCGUAGCCUUUCUUCUGUCGCUGCUUUGUCCUUGGGGGACCAAAUUGUGGAGUCGCUUGUGGUCAGCACAUUCCCACCCGGGUCGCAUCAUGUCUACAUGCCGGAAGGCCACCUGGAUCAGCUUGUUACAACACAGUCCAUCAUUUGGGAGUUUACCGGAGCGCCGGAUGUGGAUUUCGAGGGUCAAAACUGGGCUCAUGUUGGCGAAGAGCUGAUCGAGUACAUUCUCAUGUCAGCCAAAAAGGUGUUUGCCAUCAGUCUGAUCUGCGGCGUUGAAUCAUCAAAACUGCGCAAAGCGAUGAACACAUUCAAAUUCACGGGAUUCAACGACAGCAACCUACCUAUACAGACCACCAAAUCUACCGAAGUUCCCUGGUCUCUAUUGCAGUGGCCAGUGGUCAUGACCCAGAAAUUCGAGCAGAGGCAAUGGAUGUUCCUCGUCCCAAUUUUCCACACAAAAUUUCUCAGGAUGGAGCUUGAGCCACAUGAAAUACUUCCAUUCGCACUCAUUAAAAAUGAGAGAAGUCAAGACAGCGCUGAAGAUCUGUGGGAGGUCUCAAUCCACGAGUCUCACUGUGAGGCUCCUAUUCGAAAAUUUGAUGGAAGCCUUGCAACCACAGCGAUACAAGCUCUCAAGUCAGAGAAAUGGGACGCUUUGGGAAUGCUGAUGAAAGGGUACACGAACCGACUCCACCAUCCACACAUCUUGGAGGUUCAAGCCACCAUUGACUUCAAGGGCAAAGGGGCGUACUUCAUGUCUCAGUGGGCUGAUGGAGGUAGCCUUGUCGAUUUGUACGACAACAAUCAACAUCCGCUUCUCACAUCUCGUCUCGUCAAUGACAUUUUCAGGCAGCUGACAGGAUUGGCUGAGGCCCUCAAAAUACUUCUUGAGUAUGGAACCGCUCACAAACAGAGAGUCUGGUAUCGACAUAAGGGUCUCGACAGUGCGAGCAUUUUGAGGUUUGAAAAUGGUUCUCAGGAGCUGGAAGGUUUCAGAUCCCGUGCGAGUGAAUUCUCAAAGGGAGGUAAUCGAUUCUUUGUGGUGAAAAAGAUCGGGAAUAGGCUUCAGUGUCGGGUGAGCCCAUACGUCCAGAAUUGUAUGGACUACAUCGAAAGGGACCCGGCAUGUGACGGGGACACGGCCAUUGGUGAGAUCGUCAAGAUCUUGAGAAGCCGUCUGCUUGUGGUAUCCCUUCAGAAAAGCAACACUCCAGCUGAGGCCAGUUCGAGCGCUCGAGAUCUCCAUGACGAUCUCCAAAACAUUAUGCUUCGUGGAGAAACCAACAGCGAGUACUGGUACGCAGACAGACCAAGACAUGACACCCUCGGCCCAGUCAGCUCGAACAUGGCCACAAGUCGGCAUCUCUCCCCGGUUUAA